AACGCUCGGUUGCUGCUGGGGUCAGUAAUUUAUUUUGUGUUGUUCAUUCCACAACUUUGCCAUCCCCCAGAAGAUCCCGAAACGUACACGUUCCUUAUCUGACCCUUCGCGAAGUAACUACGUCUCCGCCACCGUGCGCACCGUGAGUGAAAAAUGCACCCCAGCCGACGGCACGGCAGCUUCCGUGUGCAUCCGUACACCCGUGGCACGUAUUGUUAGGCACGGCAAGAAUCAUCACACCCUUCCGUCGUCCCGGGGCAGCAGUGUACUGGUGUUACUGGUGCUGACGUCGAAGUUUCGCAACGCAUUUUUGGUUGUGUGGUUGGUGCCCGAAGGCCACGCAGUUUUUAGCUGCUUCUGUUUCGGGGGAGGUUUUUCGUCCAUCCCAGCCGCGCUUUGUUGCAAAGCCAACGAAAGUCGUGUCGUCAUCUUCCCAAAUGGUUGGCACUCGACGGCAGCAGCAGCGCCAUCGCCAACAAACAUCCCACCAUCGUAUGCAGUGCAUCGCUACGAAAGCAAGAUAGCAUCGAAGGGUGUGAGAGCGAGAGAGAGGGGAGACGCGCAACGAACCUGCCUCAUCAUAAAGAAAAACAUAGUUUUGCCGUGCCUUUUGCCUCGCGAGUUCUUUACACCUUACCUUCUUCCUAGAUCGCGAGCUAUUUCAAAGCUACUGCACCUUCCCUCAUGUAGAAGUGUGAUCGCGGGUACAUAUAUUAGCCGAACGUGCGUGUAGUGAUUUUGAGGGGUUUCCUAAAUAAGCUAAAAAGUGAAAUCAGUGCUAAAGAAAAGUUUAUGCAGAGCAAACAACCAGCAACCAGUGUGCGUCGUCGUCAUACGACAUUAUAAAUACGCCUUAGCAACAAAGCUUGGAGGACGGCGGCAGACGCAAGGUGGUGCCGCCGCUGUGUUUGCGCAUUCGUCAGGGUAGCGAUGAACGGUUCCGCGGCGGUGCUGGGCCAGAUGGUCGGUGGUGCCGAUCCGGGCACGGUCCUGGCCGGGGAAGGCAACACCGAGUGGCAAACGUUGCACUGCAGCAAGGAUGCGCUAACGGAUCUGUUCGGCUGGUUCCUGCAGGGCAUACUGGCCACCCUCGCCUUUACCUGCCUUAUCGCUAAACGCUUCUGCGAACCACAGUACAAUCGCCGCUCAUGGGAAACCUGGUGGUACGAUACGUCCAAGCAGGGCAUCGGUGCUCUGGUGAUCCACAUGGCCAACGUUUAUCUGGCCCCACUCUUCCAAGGCGACCCCUGUACCUGGUACAUUAUCAACUUCCUGCUGGAUUCUACCAUCGGGCUGUUCAUUAUUUACAUCGGCAUCAAAACCUGUCAGUAUUUAGCGCGGAAGAAAAAAUGGGAUGCCAUCAACUUUGGUGAAUAUGGUGCCCCGAAAUCCUGGCUCUACCAAACGUGUAUCUACGUGUGCCUGAUGGUGGUCGUUAAGCUGAUAACGACGCUAAUCAUUCAGUUCGAUGUGUGGGAUAACGUGAAAAACUUUGUCCUGUCGCCGUUCCGGGAUCCGCGGAUAGAGCUGGCCGUCGUGAUGCUGGUCAUUCCGUUCUUCGUCAAUAUCCUAAUCUUCUGGGUGACGGAUAACUUCCUGAUGAGGCACACGCGCAAGAAGCGCAACACGGCGGCCGGCAGCUCGCACCACGCGCACGGUCGGGAGCAUAGCUUGCUGCAAAAAGUAAAAUACAAAAUGAUACACAAAACCAAACCAAAUGACUCAGAAUCUGAUACUCUUUUGUCAGGCGAUGAAGAAAUUUUAAGCUUCAGUACGCCCAACGGUGGGGGUGGCGGCGGUGGUGGUGGUUUGGGGCAGAGCGUUACCAGCAAUCGGUCCUUCUCGGGGCGCCACUAUCACCACACGCAGCAUGCACCUUUCCUUCAUCAGCAUCACGCAUAUCUGCAGACGACCACGAUGGCGGACGGCACGUCAGUGGUGCCGGCGGCGUCCUCGUCGAUGGCGGGCAGCAGUAGCGGCGGGGGUUCCUCCUCCCUGCUGACGCCGCUCGACAUGGACACGGCCAUCGUGUUGACCUCGACGCGAACAUCACCCGGGCCGACGAACCGGCAAAGCACAGUUCAACAGCGCACCAGUGUCAUUAACAUUUAAGGACCAGCCUACCCCUCCCCUUUAACAAGCCGCAUAUCGUUCCGCGUGCGUGUGUGUGUACUAAUAACACAUAGAAAGAGAAGGAGAGAGAGAUUAAGUGGCAAUAUUUCCUGACGACCACACAGGGGACAUGGGAAAACAAAGGUGAUCGACACGGAAGCACUUCCCAAACGUACGGACCUGAACAAACAAACCUUAACAAUCAUGCACCCGAUCAUUGUGUAUGGGGAAGAGCAGCCCCAUCAGAACCAAUCACAUUUCCUGUGUUCCAACUAAAAAAAAAAAUACAUUCAAAGUACCUUGGCAGAAGCAACGCAUUCAAACGAUAAAGUCUGAACACAAUUAACCGUAAAACAAGUAAUUGCCACCCCUUCCCGUCGGACGCUGGCACUCCAAAGAAAAGCCAGCCGAUCAGCAGCAGCAAAGGAAGGUGCGCGAAGAUCGAACGUUUGCUUCCGGUUCUGUUUAUUGUUGAACCCCGUUUGUUAAACCGUUGAUAGGACAGAUGUUAUAUAGGGUGUGUGUGUCCCCGCCCUCCAAGAAGAGAUAGUGCGGUGGUGAGUUAAUCGUUUCCCAAAACCCACCACCCCCCGAAUUUGCUGCACCGGCGGUGUGGCAUACCAUUGUGAUACUGAGUGAGAACUGAGCAGGAGCGUACACAGAAGAUUCACAUAUAUUCGUCCAGCGAGUGCCACCCCCCCCCAUUCAGAAAAAGGGGGUAAAGAAAGGAACAUUAAAGUAGGGAAGGGAUUCGAAUCCAAUCACAGGACAGGAAACAGAAGAAGCGUAGCAAAACCUACCGUCAGGCUCACUCAUGAUAUUUGGUGGAGGAGAGAUCUGUACUAUUUUAGCUACUAUUAGUCACUGUUGAGAUGUUAAUGAGAGCCGUUGAAGCGAAGCGAGCGUUGCAAUUAAUAUGCUUCCAUUUUUUGAAAUAGACAAAAGAAAAAGAAAACAAAACCUCCGAGAAAAGAGCGAAUCGAGAAAGCAAAAGACAUUUUCUGUAAAAGCAAAAGUUUCAAUGUAGAGUGACGAUGUACCGGAUAAAGAGGGAAUAAAAUUUACCAAGAGGUACGCAAUGAAAGAAGCUACAGCAAGGCACGAGAACGGUGAAAAAGGAGAGAGAGAGCGGAUAGCCCUUUUUGGGAGGACUUAAGAACAGUGACAGUGAAGCGAAAAAGGUGAAAUGUGAAAGUCAGCAGAGAAUAAAUCGGAACAACGAAAACAACUCGAUGCACUUUAAACAAUGCGCUAUGAUUAAGGAUAAAGAGGAGCUAAGGGCAUGGAUAGGAAACUACUGUUUUGCAGCAGAGGUGGGCCGCCUUUAGGCAGUGGUGGGCACUUCUAUGCAUCUACAUACACAUACACACCUAACCUAACAAAACACUAUACUAUUGUUCUAUUUUAUACAUAAUUAUACAACGAUUUAGCAAUUAAGGUGAAAGCGGUGGGGCGCACUUCUGAUUAUGUAUACAAGCGGCGGCGGAUUCGAUCGUGAGGAGAACGGAGAACGAAAAAAGAAACACGCGCGCGAAUUGAAACUGGCAAAGGGGUUCACGCGAAGUGUGAUCGGGAUCCAAGAGGAGAAGGAGAGAGAGAGAGAGAAAAAUAAAGGAAGCUGAAGUGAUCUUUUAUACGCAA